GCGGCGAGUUCGUUUCAAAAUUGUACAGAGAGGCUGUUUCGGUAAAUUCAUUGAGCCCCUUGGAAUCCGCAUCAAAGACCAUCGACAAAUCAUAAACCUUUUGCUCUCUCCUCCUUCUUCACAAAUUGCUUCACUCAACCAUCACACCCCUUUCCACCACAAAAAUGCUGACACCUUCUGUCUUGAAGGUGUUUUGAAUCUUUUGAUUCACUGUAAUGCGCUAAGAAUUUCAUAAAACUGAUAAAAUGGAAGACAAUUGUUCUUCCGUAACGAGAUGGGAGGAUCUCGACAUAGACAUUUUGGUGAAGAUUUUCCAGUUGCUUGACAUCUUCCAGUUAACUUCUGGCAUUGCUCAUGUUUGUAGUGCAUGGCGUAUGGCUUGCUGUGAUCCCCUUCUUUGGAAAACUCUUGAUUUAUCGAUGCUAAAAUCCAAUUUCAUCAAGAUUCCAUUAGAGCCAUUUGUCUAUGUUGAUGGACGAUCGGAUACUACAUUGACCCGAUUGUUGAAGAUUUCUUUGAGUCUAAGCAGGGGGAGCAUAAUGACAUUGAUCCUUCAUUUCAACUUGUACAUAAGCGAUGAUCAGUUGACAUACACUGCUGAAAGGUGCCCUAAACUCAGACGACUUGUUUUGCCAGCGUGGAACAGAAUCAAGAAAACAGGAAUGAUCAAAGCCAUACGUGGCUGGAAAGAUCUGGAGUCCUUGACAAUGCCUACCAUAGCGAAUCCACCAUAUCUUCUCGAAGAAAUUGCAGUGAAUUGCGAGAACUUCAGUGAACUCAAGAUUAUGGGUCCCUGUGAUACUUUCUUCGCUAAAUCCAUUGCUGAUUAUCUUCCGAAGUUAAGAGUAUUGAGCCUUCGAUGUUCAACACUGUUAAAGGAUGUUCUCAUUCUGAUCCUAGAGAGCUUGCAACACCUGGAGGUGCUCAACAUAUCACAUUGCAUUCUGAUGGAAACCGUUCCACCUCAUCAACAUAAAAGGAUCAUUAGAGAGAUUGAUCCCGUUAUCCUUGAGAAGGCUUCGCGAUUACGUGAAUUUCUCACAUGCAUGCAAGACUCAUGCAUCAUGUGCCAGAGAACAAGAACUGAUGAAGGGCUUGUGAGGUGGUACAAGUAUGAGGAAGGCCUGUGGAAAACAGAUGAGGUUAGGUCUCUCUCACUUUGAGGAAAUAGGAAAAUGGUAUAAUAGUGAAUUUUAGGUGUUGCUGCGUAUGUUACCUUUCAUCCUGUUCUUUGACUUGUUCUACUUUCAAAUAGUGUAUCCAAAUAAAGAUUGUUGGAUUAUAACAGUUGAAAUGUGUCGUAAUGCCCCUGAGAAGAAGGGAUGUUAAAUUUUGUAAGUGUACAUAGAAGUUAGUCAUGCUCUGCUUUUAAUGUAGUUCAUA